UAAAAUAGUAUAUUGAAUUAGCAUUUUUCUAUCACCCAACUCCAAAUAUUAACUCUUAUGGCCAAUCUUGUUCCACCUGUACCCUAGUCUUCUGCUCAGCUCCCAUGGAAUACUGUUAAGCAGAUUCUAGAUGUCGUAUUCUUCUAAAGGUACAACUGUAACCUGGUUAUAUUUUGCAUUUCAACCAUAUAAAAGAUAUAUUAAAGAUUUUAUAUACAUCCAUAUGAAAGUUUUUCCUUUUGGGGAGGCAAAUGAUUUUCCCUUGAAGAAAGUGUCAUAUUGUCCAUGUUUGAAAACAAGAUCUUAGAGAGCGCGGUGUAUAUAUUGUAGUUAAAACGACACUAAAUCAUUUGUGGAGCGCUUGACUUCAAACUUGCAGAUUUUGACCUAGCUUAAUGAACUUGGGACCUCUAAAAGUUUUUGUUUUAAACUUUUGGAAAGAAAGGCAUGGAGAGGGAUUUAUUUUCUCCAUCAGGCCGAGGCAUGUUAAAACUUGUGUCCUUUCUUCCUGAGUGUACAAAUUGGUAAGAUUGCCACCAUGGGCUUUGUGAACAGGCCUGGAGGUGUCGCCUUUCGGGUCACUCCUGCUCUCAGCAGGCGGUCCAGGCGGGCCGGCUCCCUUGUGACCGACUGCGGUGCCCGAGUCUUGCAGGCGACAUUGGGCGUUCCCUCCCUUUCCGGCCUUGGAUAGUUUUGUUUUGGAUCUUACUUCCCAGUCAAGGAAAGGCUCUCUUUGACCAAAGGUUUCCCAGUCUCCUUGGGGUGGCCGGCGGCCAAGUUUCCCUAGUCCCAGCCUGGCCGGACCUGGGUCUGUUGGAGAUCCUCGAAGGCCCGGACAGUGGCCGCGAGUGGGUGGGGCCCUAUUAGCCCCGCCCCCGGGCCUGCGGGUCGCUUGGCUCCCGCCAGCCCCAGAGGAUCGCGGAGACUAAGCUCUGUUAAAUUCCCAGCGAACGCUCGGACCCCGACAGGCUGCGCGCACGCGCACUCGGGGCUCCACGUCCAGGCGCUCGUCCCCCUGCGGCGGCCGCUAGGUGGCGCAUGCGCCCUGGAGGGCGCGGGCGGUCUCUGGGAAGAAGGCGGCGGCGGCGGCGAGAGGCGGGGGCGCCGUGGGGGCCGGUCCGUGUUUACACAGCGGCGGGCGGGUGCGGACGCGGAACCCGGCGCGGCGGCGGCACGAUGGUCAUGGCGCAUUUCGUGGAGAAUUUCUGGGGGGAAAAAAAUAAUGGCUUUGAUGUUCUGUACCAUAAUAUGAAACAUGGACAGAUAUCAACUAAAGAACUAGCAGAUUUUGUAAGAGAAAGAGCUACAAUAGAAGAGGCAUACUCCAGAUCAAUGACAAAACUAGCGAAAUCUGCAAGCAAUUAUUCACAACUUGGAACAUUUGCACCAGUGUGGGAUGUGUUCAAAACAUCUACAGAGAAAUUAGCAAAUUGUCAUUUGGAUCUUGUUAGAAAAUUGCAGGAAUUAAUAAAGGAAGUUCAGAAAUAUGGAGAGGAGCAAGUAAAAUCUCAUAAAAAGACUAAAGAAGAAGUUGCAGGGACUCUGGAAGCAGUCCAAGCCAUUCAGAAUAUAACCCAGGCUCUCCAGAAGUCUAAGGAAAAUUAUAAUGCCAAAUGUGUAGAACAGGAACGUCUGAAAAAGGAAGGAGCUACACCGAGAGAAAUAGAAAAGGCAGCUGUUAAGUCCAAGAAAGCUACAGACACCUACAAACUUUAUGUGGAAAAGUAUGCAUUAACAAAAGCUGAUUUUGAACAGAAGAUGACAGAAACAGCCCAGAAAUUUCAAGAUAUUGAAGAAACCCAUCUCAUUCAUAUAAAGGAAAUUAUAGGAUCCUUGUCAAAUGCUAUAAAGGAAAUUCAUUUACAAAUAGGCCAGGUUCAUGAAGAAUUUAUAAAUAAUAUGGCUAAUACAACAAUUGAAAGUUUGAUACAAAAAUUUGCUGAGUCAAAAGGCACAGGGAAAGAAAGACCUGGCCUUAUUGAAUUUGAGGAGUGUGACCCUGCUAGUGCAGUUGAAGGCAUAAAACCAAGGAAAAGAAAGACUUUUGCUUUGCCUGGAAUAAUUAAAAAGGAAAAGGAUGCAGAAUCUGUGGAAUGUCCUGAUGCAGAUUCACUUAAUAUUCCUGAUGUAGAUGAAGAAGGUUUUAGUAUUAAACCAGAAGCAAAUCAGAAUGAUACCAAAGAGAACCAUUUCUACUCAUCCAGUGACUCUGACUCUGAAGACGAAGAACCAAAGAGGUACCGGAUAGAGAUAAAGCCCGUGCAUCCCAAUAAUGUGCAUCACACAAUGGCUUCUCUGGAUGAAUUGAAAGUGUCCAUAGGGAAUAUAACACUGUCCCCAGCUGUGUCUAGACACAGUCCAGUACAGAUGAAUCGGAAUUCAUCUAAUGAAGAGUUAACAAAAUCAAAGCCGUCUUCUCUACCCACUGAGAAAGGGACCAAUGAUUUACUUGCUUGGGACCCCCUAUUUGGAUCGUCUCUUGAGUCAUCUUCAGCUCCAUUAACUUCAUCAUCAUCGGCCAGACCCACGACACCUCUUUCUUUAGGCACCAUUGUUCCACCUCCAAGACCUGCUUCCAGACCAAAGCUUACUUCAGGCAAACUGAGUGGAAUUAAUGAAAUACCCAGGCCAUUCAGCCCACCUAUAACUUCUAACACCAGCCCACCUCCUACUGCUCCCUUAGCCCGGGCAGAGAGCAGUUCCUCUAUCUCUUCCUCUGCGUCAUUGAGUGCUGCCAAUACUCCAACAGUAGAAGAUGAUAAUUUGAUUGGGACACUCUCUGAAAUUGAAAAGCACUGUGAGACAACACCAGGUGUAUCACGGGGUCCCAGCCCAGUCAGCCUUGGAAACCAGGACACUUUGCCUGUGGCAAUCGCCCUUACAGAAUCUGUCAAUGCCUACUUUAAAGGAGCAGAUCCUACCAAGUGUAUUGUGAAGAUUACUGGAGACGUGACAAUAUCAUUUCCAAGUGGAAUUAUUAAAGUCUUCACGAGCAACCCCUCUCCAGCUGUGCUGUGCUUUAGGGUGAAAAACAUCAGUAGACUCGAGCAGAUUCUUCCAAAUUCACAGCUUGUGUUCAGUGAUCCAUCACAGUGUGAUUCCAACACAAAAGAUUUUUGGAUGAACAUGCAAGCUGUUACUGUCUACCUCAAGAAGCUGUCAGAGCAAAAUCCAGCUGCUUCUUAUUAUAAUGUAGAUGUACUAAAAUACCAGGUAUCAUCAAAUGGCAUUCAGUCCACUCCUCUAAAUCUUGCAACAUACUGGAAAUGCAGUGCCAGCACCACAGAUCUGAGAGUGGAUUAUAAGUACAACCCAGAGGCUAUGGUCGCACCUAGUGUGCUUUCCAACAUACAGGUGGUGGUACCAGUGGAUGGAGGAGUCACAAAUAUGCAGUCCCUUCCUCCUGCAAUAUGGAAUGCAGAACAAAUGAAAGCCUUUUGGAAAUUAUCUGGGAUUUCGGAGAAGUCAGACAGUGGAGGUUCUGGAUCCCUCAGAGCAAAAUUUGAUCUUUCAGAAGGUCCCAGCAAGCCUGCCACACUCGCGGUGCAAUUCCUUAGUGAGGGAAAUACCCUCUCAGGAGUAGACAUCGAGCUUGUUGGUACUGGCUAUAGACUUUCUUUAGUAAAGAAGCGUUUUGCCACUGGACGAUACUUGGCAGAUUGUUGAUGGAACCAGAAUGCGGUUUUCUCAGGGGACUAGUGGGCACCCGCCACUCUGCGUCACCUGUUCCUCCCAAACACUAUUUCUACUUGUAUGAUGUCUUUCAAAUUCGCUCUUUGAAAGCUGACUACAAACAUUAAAUUGCACUUUCAAAGUAUUGUUGAAAGAAAUAGCACUGAAAUGACCUUGUAUACAGUAAAUGAUCAAAUGUGAUAUUCUGGAAGCAUGUGCAUUCAAAUUGUCACUAAAAUUGACGCUUGUUAUCUUCAGUGUCUGUGUUCUUAAAAAGGUUAGAAUGUAGUAACAAGCCUAAAAUUUCAGGAGAGCAAGCACAAUGUUAUUUAGCUUUCCAUAAGUGUUUAGACUCAGAGUUAACCUUUGAAGUUUCCUAAGUUUGAAUAAAUAUAACAAGAACAUGAAUUUUUAGGCUUUGAAUGUUAAAUCAGAACUCAAUCUAAUUGAGUUACGUGCCAUAAGGUAAUCAGACCAGAGUCCAAGUUGUAUGCAAACAAAAACAUCCCUAUAAUCUGAUUCUCCGAAGCACAUUGAUAAAGUGUAAAUGGUGUUUUAUAUAACUUUUUGAAAUUCUCAAGUGCAAUGUGUUUUAAAAUAAGCUUGCAAAGGACAGCAGAAAAACUUACUUCUGCAGUUAAUUAACUUUAUAGAAGUUGUGAUUGUUUUGAUGAAUUAAUGCUGUAGAUUUAAUUUAUUUUUGUAUGGAUUACAUAAUGUGUGCCUUUUUAAAACAAUAACAAAAACCAGAAAUGUGCCUCUCUAGUUUGUGUUAAUUAAUGUGCCUCACUCCGGAUCUUCUCUUCAGAUUCAUACCGUGCUCAAGCAUAUUUAAAAGAUAUUUGCAACUUAAAAAAUACUUCUGGCUUGUAAUUGAGAAGAAAAUUCAAAAUAACUAAAAGAUAAUUUAUACUUAAAAAUCCUGUCUCAUUUCUUUAGUGAUACACCGUAGCCACUAGAAAAACAAAUCAGCCUAGUGGAGUAUGUUUACUGGGAAUAAAAUUACCUUCAGAUAUUCAACAUUGACCUCAUUAUAAGUGUGUGACACAGACAAGCUCUGAAACUAUGGUGGUAAAUCCGUAACUGGUAUUUUAACUAUAAUUUAGCAUUUCCCUUACCCUAUUUAUCAAAAAAAAAAAUUUACACAUUAUUGUGUUGUGAACACAAGUUUUCUAGCCUUUUAAGAAUUUUUUUUUUUUUUUGAGGAUUCAUUUAGCAAUGAAAGAAGUACUAUCAGUUGUUUUAUUUUAACAACUAGGAGAUGGUCAGAUUCCCACAUGGUGAGGUGGGCGAUGUAUGACGUGAAGGACGGGGAAGAGCCUCUUAAAUGAGCUGCUCAUGCCGCGCAGCAGCUUGACGUCAACCCCACUAACAAGAGUGUGUUCUAGACAGGGCCUCAUAAUUCACAGACAGGAGUUUAUGAUAAAUACCAGUGUCCUUUUUUUUUUCCAUAGAAGUGAUAGCUUGUGUUAUAUCUGGUAAUUUAUGUAAACCACUAAUUUUGUUAAGCAUUAGAGAAAAUAAAAUCCCUAUUUCUAGACAUUAAUAUAACACCUUGCUAUAUUAAACAGCAGAAAUCUGUUCUUUUUCACAGUAUGUAAUACAAAUGAGCAUUUUUUAUUCAGUAUUAUUCCUUUUCUAAAUUUAGGUUUGACUUAGGUAAAGAUAAGAAAAUUCAGCCUUUACUAACUAUCAAAAUGAGAGUUUCUAACUCUUACAAUCUUUAAAAUGCCAGUUUCAAUUACACUUACUAAAAUAUUGACUAAAUCUGCUUUUAUUGGGCAGUUAAUGCUUUACUAUUUGAAAUCUGACACUGUCUGUUGUUAAUCAAGUAUUACCUUAAAAUGUUGAAGUGAGUGGAAUGGUUGGUUAACCUUGUGCACUUUCCUAAUCCCCACAGCCUUCAUACUGAGUGUCGACAUGCAAGUUUAUAUUGGGUACAGGUUACAGUUUUAAAGCCAUAUGAGUUUAUAGUGAUUCUUUUUUCCAUUUAAAAAUUCACUAAUGUUUAAAAAGACCCAGUAGAGUCAGUGGGAGACUAUCUUAUCUAGCAAGCUGGUUCUUGCUUGUGUACAGUGAUAACUUUGUAGCUGCUUCUUUAACAAGAAUUUGUAAACACAGAACUCUUAGCACAGUGAGCGUUCAAGGGUCGUCAUUUACUACUUUGGGUUGUAAUUAGAGCACAUCUGUCUUCCAAAAUUUUGUAAAUACUUUUGAUUUUUUCAUAAAAUGUAAAUUUUACAUGAAAGUUGUAUUCCUAAUAAACGUGUAAUAUAUAAUUUA